CAAACACUCACCCAUACAGAUACCACACGUUCGCACCAGAACCAUUCUUCGAACCAAGUCCCUAUCUACGACACAGCAAACAAAUCAAGAAUUAAAUUUCCCCCGCGGCGCCCCGCGCUCGCCCCCCGCCAAACAAACAACCCCUAAAAAUGAGCGCCAUCCUCUCAGCAGACGACCUAAACGACUUUAUCUCGCCGGGAGUCGCAUGCAUAAAGCCCAUCGAGACACUCCCCUCCAAACCAACCUCAACUCCUACCGUAAGAGCAACCAACCCUUUACCCUCCCACGAAUCCCAAUAUCUAACAAUGUUCCCCAGGACCCAGAAGCAUACGAGCUCUCCUUCAAUACCGACAUCCAACCCCCCUCGUCCCUCCCCCCCGUGCAAAUCUCCCUAACCGACUGCCUCGCCUGCUCCGGCUGCGUGACAUCCGCCGAAGCGGUGCUAGUCUCCCUACAAUCCCACACGGAGGUGCUGUCAGAACUUGAUUCCGCACCAGGACUGCGUAUCAGCAGUGAUGGGGAGAGAAUCGAGAACAUUGAUACAGGGGGGAAACUAUACGUAGCUUCGGUGAGUCCCCAGAGCCGGGCGAGCCUGGCGGCAACGUUUGGGGUGAGUGAGAAGGAGGCGGGGUGGAUGGUUGAGCAGCUUCUCUGUGGACCGAGGGGUGUGAAGGGGCGCGCGGUGUAUAGAAAUGGGUUUCAGUGGGUGGUGGAUACUAAUGUGGCGCGGGAGGCGUGUUUGGUGCUUGGGGCGGAGGAGGUGAUGGGUUCUAUGCAGGAUAGAAAUGGGAAAGUGGAUGGAGAAAGUACGAAUCAGCCUGCGAAACCGAUCUUGACGUCUUCAUGUCCUGGAUGGAUAUGUUACGCCGAAAAGACACACCCACACGUAUUACCGCAUCUAUCACGACUGAAGUCACCACAAGCAUUAAUGGGAACGCUCUUGAAAACGGUUCUGAGUAGAAAGUAUGGUAUUUCGCCAGAUCGAAUAUGGCAUGUAGCCAUCAUGCCCUGUUUUGACAAGAAGCUGGAAGCUAGUCGAGAAGAACUUACAGAUGCUGUUUGGGAAGGGACGGGAACUCGAGGGGUUCGAGAUGUCGAUUGUGUGAUCACUAGCAAAGAGCUGCUUAUGCUUGCUGACUCUAGACGUGUCGACUUUUCAAAGCUUCCUCGAGGCCCUCUACCACGAAACAUUCCAUUCCCAGAUGCUAAACUAAAUUCUUUCCUCUUCCCCCACAGACGACGGAAGAAUGGCAAUCAAGCUUCUGGGAGCUCAGGAGGGAAUCUAUAUUAUAUUCUUCAAUAUUUUGUCUCUCAGCAUCCAGGUGCUUCUAUCCAGACAACUCGAGGUCGAAAUGUGGACGUCCAAGAGUAUAAGGUCAUGUCCGCCGCCGGAGAAAUUCUUUUGACGGCAGCGCGAUAUUACGGUUUCCGAAAUAUUCAAAAUCUCGUCCGAAGAUUGAAGCCAGCUAGACCGUCCCGAAUGCCAGGAGGCAAGCCUAUGGGAAGUGCUCGAAAAGCUGGGAAAUCCAGUGGGCCCGAAUAUUCCUAUGUUGAGGUUAUGGCUUGUCCAGGAGGUUGUACAAAUGGCGGUGGACAAAUAAAAGUUGAUGACCCAGUGAUCUCUGGGCGCGAACCUUCAGAGUCAAAGCCUGGUCCUUUGGAACGAAAGGCUUGGCUAGCUCGAGUAGAUGAGGCGUAUUGGUCUGGAGAGGACAGUACGGAAGAAGAAACUCUUCCAGAGGAUUGUCAUGAUACGGUUGACGGUAUUUCGCCUACUUAUAUAAAAGAUACCCUGGCGCAUUGGGCGGUCACCACUGGCAUAGAUUUAGAUAGGUUGGCGUAUACGAGUUAUCGCGAAGUGGUCAGCGAUGUUGGAAAGGUUGUUGACGAUACCCAGCGAGUGAUUGAGAUCGCUUCCAAGAGUGGUGGUGGGUGGUAAUGGUAGAGUAGAAAAUCAACUCUUCUUCCCACCCCUGGCGAACCCGAACCCUCUCCCAGCUCCAUCUGGCCCUUUUGGUGAUCUAAUAAUCUGUUCUUCGUCACGAGGUGUUGAGCGUUCAGUUCGUGAACCUUCUCCACUGCGUUUCUGCAUGGCCACACCUGGCUUUGACGUAUAAUCCGGAUCAUAUAACUCCUUCGAGCUCGAUUGGCUGACUGGUCUACCAGAUUGACUAGUUGGUCGAGCAGCUUCUUGUCGUAGACCACCUCGACCCUUCCCCCUAUUCCUAUUCCCUUCUGACGACGUGGGCGGUGUCACUACUCCACUACUAAGUGAGGAUGUUCCAGAAGUACCCAUAAUCCUGGCGCGCACUUCAUCAUACCUCUUCUGCUUCUCCUCCCGUUCUUUUUGCGCCUUGAGUCGUAGUUCUUCCGGACUCGGUCGAUUCUUUACCUCGUCUUCCUCGUCAUCUUCAUCCUCCAAGGUGAGUUUCGCCAGUCCGGUUACGGGGUCAAUCUUUUGAACUGCUUUGGGCGUUGGUUUGCGACUCAGUACUUUGAGAGCGGGCUUGAACUCGGUUUUGAGGGGGACAUUGUCAUGCGCUGCGAGGUAGUGGAAAGUUUCGGGUUCUUCGCUGUGUGUCACUAUUAGCUAUGUAUAGAAUAUAUAAUGCAGGGU